AUGCCACAAAUUCUAAUAUGCCAGUACCCAUUUCCGUGUCAGUUAGUCGAUGAUGAAGAUGUUGACGAAGACGAAGAGGAAGCCUGUCUACACGAUGAUAAUGCCUUUGAGUAUGAAGGUCCACCCGAUGUUGAAGAGGCCCGGGGUCAAGAGCUGGAAGAGGUGGAAAGUGAUCCAUCUGACAGCGCGGACGAGUACCACCCCAGCGACUUCAACAGCGCGUCGGAUGACUCCGAUGUUGACUACGAUCCCAACGAACACUAA